CUGCGCUGCAGCGUCGCCUUCCCUUCCUGCCUCCUGCAGUCGCCGGCGGCCGGGCCACCAUGGAGGAGGAGGGAGAGGCGAGCUGGGCGCUGCUGGGGCUGCGGGCGGGGGGCGCCCUGCUCCUCCUGCUCCUCUACCUCCUGGUGGGGCGGAGGGCGACCGGCGCGGCGGGGACCCCCUUCCACCGCCGCCAGCCCGGCAGGGGCCACCGCACCGGCCAGCCCCCUGCGGACGCGUGGAGUCCCAGGCUCUCUGGUUUCCCAUUGCGCCUUUGUGUGUACUUGGCCAACACUGCUUUUGGGCAGCUUUGUUUGGUGCCGCUUCUGAUGAGAGUCAACAACUUUACCAUCCUGCGUUACCUCGAUAUCUCCGAAGACCCCACAUUCACCCCAGUGGUUGCUGUGGAAGGAAAAACAGACUCUUCGGAACCGAGAGACGGUUCUGAAAUCCUCCGGAGGCUCUUGGAAACAAGUUCCCAUUCUACCAGCAAUGCCUUCAGUUUCCGAGGGAUCCAGGAAUAUUUGAACAGCUACCGAUCGGGGGAGGUAACACCCCUUCAGGUUGCCAAGAACAUUCUUGCUGCCCUAGAGGAUGCUGGGAAAUCGAGUCCCCCAUUCCGAGCGAUUGUUCAGUGGGAUCGGGAUGAGAUACUCAAGAUGGCCGAAGCCUCUACCGCCCGCUAUAGAAGCAAGCAGCCACUGUCUCUUCUGGAUGGAAUCCCCGUGUGCCUGAAGGAGGAGAUCAAAGUGGUGCCGUAUCACCAUCGAAGUGGAACGGAAUACCUGGGCACAAAGCCGGAGGCGGAGGACGCCACAGUGACUAGGAAGCUGCGGGAGGCUGGCGCCAUAAUUAUUGGUGUCUCCAACAUGCAUGAGUUGGGCACCGGGACCACAGGCUGUAACCCCAACAGGUACCACGGGACACCUAGGAACCCCUACAGCCCCCGGCAUUUCACUGGCGGGAGCUCCAGCGGCUCCGCGGCCGCCGUGGCAGCAGGUCUUUGCCCAUUGGCUGUCGGCACAGAUGGGGGCGGCUCUGUGAGGAUCCCGGCUUCCUUCUGCGGGGUUGUGGGACUGAAAGGUACAUUUGGACGUAUCAGUGGCCAUGGCUGUCACCCGCUCUCCUAUUCCACCGUUGGUCUGGGCCCACUCUGUGCUUCGGUGACGGAUGCAGCUGUCGCGUAUUCUGUCCUGGCAGGCCCGGAUCCUCUGUAUCCAUACGGAUUAGGCCAGCCCAAACCAUCCCUCUCUGAAAUCCUCGCCUCUGAUCUACAAGGCUUGAGAUGUGGGAUCGACUGGACUUUUUUUAAGGAGGCGGCCAGCCGAGUGCCCGAAGCCCCGAGCCUGGGCUGCACCCACCCCGAGGACCCCGGUCCCGACUGCUUACAUGACGGCAAGGCGGAGGACAAGGGAAGCGUGACUGCUUACAUGCCGGCAAGGCAGGGGACAAGAGAAGCGCGAGGGAGGUGGUGA